AUGGGAGUUGAGGCUCAGACUGUGACUCAGGCUGGAGAUGAGGCUGAGACUGGAGAUGAGGCUGAGGCUGGAGAUGAGGCUGAGCAGCGCGCCCUGCUGCUUCUACUGGAACAAUCUAUGGAGCUGAGCACUCACAGCGCUACCACGCUCUACACAAUCGAGGGCAUUAUUCUGGCCCCAGGUCCAGGGCUGAGGGUCGGUUCGCAGUGGCCAGCGGACAUCAAGCUGUCGAUUGAUAACGGCGAGUAUCAGGGAUUUGUGCGACGGGAUGGCAACUUUAUGAUCAGCGGCAUUCCAGCUGGCAGCUAUGUGCUGUAUGCCCAUCAUGCGGACAUAUUCUUCCAGCCGAUUCGUGUGGAGAUUGCCCGGAAUGGCAACAUACGAGCACGCCAGUUGAGUCACAUUAAACCAUCGCAUGUGAUCAAGUUGCCCUAUCCGCUCCUACUGAAGCCGCUCGAGCGUCGCAAAUAUUUCCGAACCCGUGAGCAGUGGAAUCUGUUGGACUAUGUGCUGAAUCCGAUGGUGCUGCUGAUGGUGGUGCCGCUGCUAAUGAUGCUGCUACUGUCCCGUCUCAUCACCGAUCCGGAGACUAAGCGUGAAAUCGAGAGCAUACAAUUCCCCCAAAUACCCAACAAUAUGCCGGAUCUGGGUGAUCUGCUCGCCUCGUUUGUCACCGGCAAGCGACUACCCGAGAAGAAGAAGCCGACUGCCGGCACUGCUUACAAGAGGCGCAACUAG